AUGUCCUAUAGAUUUUUGCAAAUAAUCCGUGGUGGUAACAGGAAACGGUUGUUAGGAGAAAUCCAAGAAAAACAUACUGGUAUUAUCAUAGAAAGGAUACCAUCCAGGCCGUCAAAGCACGAUAGGACUACAUCGUGUCCCACAAAUGAAACUAUUUUCAUUUUAAAUCACGAGGGGGGUCUCGUUGGUGAUGUGGUGGCAUAG